UUCGCGCAAUGGUUUGUGGGUAGGUCAGAAGUAGAGAGGACGCCAUGUGCUUUUGAGGCAGGGGUACGGGGAAGGAGACUUGGCUGUGACAAACCUGGCUUGUUUUUUUUUUUAGAGGGACAUCGGGUAAACGGCUCCAGUUAACGUUAGCAUGUACUGCACCAGACACUGCCUCCGGACCGCGCUGCGGGCUGCAGCCAGCACACCCCGGCAACAGCUGCAGACACCAGCCUUGUGUGCCCUCAGACUUCUGAAAACCAGUCCAGCCACCCAAUCAGAGGCCAUUGUCACCCCCCCACUAGACGGAGCCCCUAAACAGUACUCCCCCAAAAUCCAACAGCUUGUCAAUGACAUAGCCAGCCUCACUUUGUUAGAGGUGUCAGACCUCAACGAGCUCCUCAAGAAAACUCUGAACAUUCAGGAUGUUGGAAUGAUGCCGAUGGGGGCAAUGGCUGCAUCAGCUAUACCUGCUGCUCAGGCUGCAGAGGAGGAGGAGGCACCUGUUAAGAAGGAGAAGACUCAUUUCACAGUAAAAUUGACAGAAGUAAAGGCAGCUGAAAAAGUCAAAGUCAUAAAAGAAGUCAAGAAUUGCAUCCAAGGCUUGAAUCUGGUGCAGGCGAAGAAACUAGUGGAGUCUCUUCCACAGGAAAUACGGGCCAAUGUAGCGAAAGAAGAGGCAGAGAAACUUAAAGCAGCCCUGGAAGCAGCAGGUGGCACUGUGGUGUUGGAGUAGAUGCCUACCCACAUGCCCCCACCUGUUCUCCAUCAUUUUGCUGCUCUUGCACUUCGUCCUUCUUUAUAUUAUUUCUUUUUUUUCUUUUUUUUUUACAUGACAAGGAGGAGGGUUCCAAGACAAAAGGAAACAAAGAAAUGCCUUCUGACAUUAAUACUGUCUCCUAUAGGGCAUCAGGUGAGGCGGUACAACACAGACUGAACUUUCCAGGCCCACAGCCUGUAUAAACGGCCGCCCAGCUGUUGACUUGUCCAUCUCUGUUUAUAUGUCUGUCUGAUACUUAUGUAGCAUACCAGCUACAGAAACACUGGCCUGGGUGCCAGGUACAUCAGUUGGUAAUUCAGUGUGUAUGUUAAACUUUUCACAUAAGGAAAGCUUGUGCUGUAGGAGCAUGAUUACCAAGCUGAUGAGAUGAUUUGUGUUGAGAACCCCAGACACUGUAUUAAGUUCAGAUGAUGGCAGGGCUGAGUCCUUACAAAGUUGGUAAUGUGAUUAAAAUUGAAAUAUCCACA